UGUUUUCAACUUUCAACGCGCCAUGUUGCAUCAAUCUUUGUUGUCGCUGUCGCUGCUGUUGCUGCUUGCCGCUUUGUCGCACGCUGAGGUGGUACACUAUCAGAAUUGUGUCGAUAGUGUGGAUGUGUGCACCGUUGAUGAGGUGCGUGUGGAUCCUUGCCCCCAGGCGGCACAAAGAGCUGCCUGCCACAUUCGCCGACGCCGUCCGUCCAAAAUGAGCUUUGAUUUCACACCCAAAUUCGAUGCGGAUACUCUGGAAGCCUCUUUGGUGUGGGUCAAGAGUGAAACCGAGUUGUUGCCGCUAAUCUCCAUGCAGCGUGAAGCCUGCCAGUCGACAAGUUGUCCGGUUAAAAGUGGUCAACGUCAGACCUACUCGCUGGACGUGCCCAUUGAGGCCAAGUUCCCCAUUAGUCCAUAUACCAUUCGUUGGGCCCUCCAGGAUCCGGUGAGUGGCAAACGUUGCUGCUUCAAUUUGGACAUUAAAGUGGUGCGCUAAAACCACCGUGUGCUGCAAUAAAUUGCAUUGUUUUUGAUCGAAAUAA